CUCUCUUGGGUUGAUAAACAAUUUAUUUUUUCUGGCCUUGUAGAUUUUUCUGAGUUGUAAAACUUUUGUGGAAUAGAAUUCUACAUUCCCAAAGAAAUUAAUUCUAAAGUUGGGAGUAACAAAUUAAAGUGAGAAUAAGGAGAACCAAAAUUCAAUAGUAAAAGCUUUUUUUUCUUUUUGUUCAAAUAAGGAAAGAGAGAGAGAGAGGGAAAAAGGAGGAUGGAUAGUAUGUGUUUGAAUAGAGGGGUAAUUCCAGCGAUCAAAGCGGUUGGAAGCGGCGUAAGCGGUUGUGGUGGAGGAGUUGUUGAAAUGAGAGGAAACGCAUCGCAAAAAAGGAAGCCUUCUUUUGGGUUCUCUUUGAAGCACCCAUUGACGCCCUUUUGGUCUCGCGGAAUUGCGUCGAGAAGACGAAGCGGCUUGGCUUUGGACGAAGCCGUUUUGUUGUUGGAUUCGAGAAAGCCAGUGGCGGAGGAGACGGAGAAGGAGAGGCGAAAUGGGAGCUGGAUUUUGAAGAUGUUGGAUGUUCACUCUCUGUGGAGAGAAGAAGAAGAGGAAUUAGACGAGGCUGUAUUAUCUGAAGAUGAAGAUGGUGGUGGAUGCGAUGAUGUAUGUUGGAUACUGGAAGACGAAGAAAACAAAGUCCGGCUGCACAGAGAAUCAUUCUCUAAAUUGCUCAAGAGGGUCUCCUUGUCCGAAUCAAAACUCUAUGCCCAAUUGUCUUAUUUGGGAAACUUGGCUUAUUCCAUUUCAACAAUCAAGCCUGCGAAUCUCUCCAAGUAUUACGGCCUUAGCUUCGUAACUUCAUCAGCUGAGAAAACAGAGUUAGCGUUAAAGGCUCAAGUUCCAGGAGAGACCAACAAGCCAAAGGAAGAGGUUGAAGGCAAAGACGAUCGGAAGAUCAGUGCUUCUGCUGCAUAUGAAGUUGUUGCGUCAGCUGCUUCUCACCUUCAGUCUUGUACCACCAACAUACUUCCUUUCACUUCUACAUCCAUAAACGAAGAUGAGGAGGAAUCAUCGUCAAUGUCAUCAUCUGCUUGUUUAACCAACUCUGUCACUUCUGUUGUUGCUGCUGAGGAAGACGUGAAACAAGCUGUUGCUGACGAUUUGAAAUCCUCCAUCUCCUCUCCUUGUGAUUGGUUUAUUUGCGAUGAUCAUCAAACUCUCACCAGAUUCUUUGUCAUUCAGGGAUCUGAGUCUCUAGCUUCUUGGCAAGCAAAUCUACUCUUUGAGCCAAUUGAAUUCGAGGAACUAGGUGUGAUUGUUCACAGAGGAAUAUACGAAGCUGCUAAAGGAAUGUAUGAACAAAUGCUACCUGAAGUCAAAUCCCACAUCAAAGCCCAUGGAAACAGAGCCAAGUUCCGUUUCACGGGGCAUUCAUUAGGCGGAAGCUUGUCACUAUUACUAAACCUCAUGUUACUGGUUCGAGGCCAAGUACCUGCUUCUUCUUUACUCCCGGUUAUAACAUUUGGUGCGCCCUUUGUACUCUGUGGAGGCGACCGCCUUCUUAAGAAACUAGGAUUGCCUAAAAGCCAUGUUCAAGCCAUCAUAAUGCACCGUGACAUUGUUCCAAGAGCUUUUUCUUGUAACUACCCUUACCAUGUUGCAGAGCUUCUCAAAGCUGUUAACGGCAACUUCCGUACCCAUCCUUGUCUUAACAAGCAGAGUAUGCUGUAUUCUCCCAUGGGGGAGCUUCUAAUCCUUCAACCUGAUGAGUCCUUUUCUCCAGGACACCAUCUUCUUCCCCCGGGAAAUGGUUUAUAUCUUCUAACCGGUGGUGAUUUUGAAUCGCUGGAUGAUGAGGAGGAACAGCGGUUAAGACUAGCUGCGCAAACGGGUUUCUUGAACACACCGCAUCCUCUGGAUAUCCUUAGCGACAGGUCAGCUUACGGGUCGAGCGGAACCAUACAGAGGGACCAUGACAUGAACUCAUAUCUGAAAGCGGUUAGGAGUGUGAUAAGAAAAGAAGUGAGUCAGAUAAGGAGGUUGAAGAGGGAGCAUCCUCGGAGUCUCUGGCGGCCUAUUCUGGUGGCUAGAGAAAGCGGGAGGAGCUCCGGGACUGCCAUAGGCAGCAACGGUCAGGAUUUCUCAGGGAUGAUGAAGACAGGAAGAAAGUCUUUGCAGAGAUUUAGCCGCCUUGUGGCGUCUCAACACAUGCCUUUGAUCGUUGUUUUGUUGUUUCCGGUUAAGUUGUUGUUCCUUGAAGCUUUCAACGUCCUUUAGUUUCCGUUGAAAUGUUUCUUUUUCUUUUUGUUUUGGCGGGUUAAUUAAGGUUGACUGGCUAUAUACCAGUUUAGACCGGGUUUGGUGGUUACCGGUUUAGAUCAUUCUUUAUUCACUUCAUAAUACAUAGAUGUUUUGUUGCGUUUAUGCAGUAAAUGGAAUAUAAAGGGUACAGAAAAGACGAGUCCC